AUGGAGAAGCACUUUGAGCGGCCAACAUUAUCCAUCCCCUCAAGACCCUCCCUCCCAACUUCUUCGUCCGACUUUGCUCUUCCUUCGUCUCCGUCCUCCGCCCUCGCCACUUCUUCUACAGACGAUCUGAGCCCAUUUUUAUUGCGUCUUCGCCGGCCAAGCAACCUGAGAUCCCGCGGUAGCGACGGCUCACCGCCUGACCACCGCCUCCACAGUCCCCUCAUCUCUUCUUUCACCCGCCGCUACAGCCAGGGUGGCAGUGGCCUGGGCGAAGACUCCGAAAGCGACCGCGACAAGAUGUCCACGGACGGCGAGUCCGGCCACGCGACGCCCCUUCUGCCGGGCCCGGUGAUAGACACCGAUAGCGACACGAGCAUGAAGACGAGCCGUCCGCGCACGCCUCCCCGGCUGACUUCGGCCUCGAGCUCCAGUUCGGGGAAUGAGGACCAGCCCACGCGGGCGCACAAUCGCAGGCUGUCACACCCCGUCCGGGUCCCGCGCAUACUGGCGCUCGUACAGGAGUCGCACUUGCAGGACAACGAGGCCAAGUCGGAGGCCCAGUUCCAGCGUAUCCUCGCCUCCCUGAGCGACCUGCCGAGCCACCCUCGUACCCCACGAGCGCCGUCUGAUCGUGGGCGGUACCCCGAGGAGGCAGUUGGCGACGAUGCACAUCGCGAGUCCUCCCCGAGCGACGACGAAGACGAGGUGGACGAAUCGGCGCCGGCGUUUUCUUACAGCGAGUCUGUGGUCGCUACGAAGCCGGUCACCCCUGCGCAUAGCGUAAACGGCGACGAACUGUCCAUGCUCGACAGCCCGAUUGGAGUCGCGAUGGACGUUGAUAUGCCGUCCUCGGUCCUCUCCUCUCCCGUGGUGUCCUCAUGGCGGUACACGCCCCCUCCCACGACAAGUGCCGUGCGGAACAACAAAAGGAAACUUGAUGACCGUUACGACCCCUACCCCACCUCUGCGAAGCGGCGCGCCGUCUCUCCCUCCAUCUCCCACCUUCGCGAAGCCUUCAACGGACGGCACUCCGGCGCGCCCCGACUGUCGAUGCCGAUCCCCAUCCCCAUCCAAAACGGGAUGCACUCCGGUUCUUCCUCGCCUAUCGUCCCGGGCUCGAGCUCGUACUGGUCAGCUCGCCAGAGCUUCGGGUCGGCGAGCGUGCUGUCGAGCCCAACGCUCCGCGCGCAAAUCGGGCUCGCAAGCCCUGUGCUGCGCCCCAUGACACGGGCGCGGCGAGAGGGCGAGCGGGAGGUCGACAGCACGGAGGAGGGCGUCAACGGGCUGAGCAUCGCAUGA